CUAGCACAUCCAUUCAACAUGUGAUUAUAUUUGGUACUUUACAAUUAAUCUGUGCUUAAUUCCCGCCAAAUCUUUGUUAAUGUGAAUUUUACUAGUGACAUGUAAUUUAAAUGCUGUGUAUAUAAAAACACUAAAGGCAAAGUUCUCUUAAAUGAUUUUUUAUUAAAAGUUUUAUUAUAUACGUUCCAAAUGGGAGAUAUAGGAAAUCUUAAUGAUCUAUUACCAAUUUAUUAUGCUAGGUUGUUUCCUUUUAAUGAUUAUUAUGACUGGCUCAGUUAUGGAAGUACAAAUAACUUCACUAGAAGAGAAUUCUCUUUCACUCUUCAAGAUGAUAUUUAUCUUCGAUUCCAAUCAUUUAGAACUCUCAAAGAUUUAGAAGCAGACAUCAAGAGACUUCUUCCAUUUAAAAUUGACAUUGGUGCUGUGUACAAUGUUCCGCCGAAAGAACAAAGGAAAAGACCAAGAUUUUUCCCCGUAGAAAGAGAACUUGUUUUUGAUAUUGAUAUGACAGAUUAUGAUGAAGUAAGAACAUGUUGCGAAGGUACAGAUAUUUGUAACAAAUGUUGGAAAUUUAUGAUACUUGCAUGUAAAAUAUUGGAUUCCGCAUUGAGAGCUGAUUUUGGAUUCAAACAUAUUCUUUGGGUAUUUUCUGGUAGAAGAGGUAUACAUUGUUGGGUUUGUGAUCUGGAAGCACGCUUUUUAGAAGAUGUUCAACGUGCUGGAGUUGCAGAGUAUUUACAAAUUAUUGGAGGAGGAGAAUACAUGAAAAAGAAAGUCAAUUUAACCACUGAUCCUAUACAUAAAUCUAUUAGACGUGCAUUGGAUAUAAUUGAAGCAGACUUCAUUCCUAUGUGCAUUGAAGAACAAGAUAUAUUAGGAACAAAUGAAAGAAUGGAAAAGUUUCUAGCGAUACUACCUGAUGAAGAAGAUCAACAAGAAUUGAAGAAUUUAUUUGGCCAAUGUUCCUCCAGUACAACUCGAUGGAAGGCAUUCUGUGAAUUUGUCAAAGACAAAAGAGUAAAGAGGGGAUCGAAAUGGUAUUUAUACCGUCAUCUUAGAGAAGAAGUGAUGUUGCAAUAUGCCUAUCCGCGCUUAGAUAUAAAUGUCACAAAAGGGAUGAAUCAUCUUUUAAAAUCUCCUUUCUGCAUACAUCCAAAAACGGGCAAAGUUUGCGUACCAUUUACGGUGAAGACUGUAGAAAAGUUUCAACCGGAUAAGGUUCCAACGAUAAUGACAUUAAUCGACGAAAUUAAUGAGUUCGAUGCGAAGGAGAAGACGGAAGAAAUUAAUAAUUUAGAUACAACAAAGAUAAAAGAUUAUAAAAAGACAAGUUUAAAGAAAUCAUUUCACAUAUUUCACGAAUUUUUAUGGGGACUUAAAGAAGCGCGAAAAGGUUUAAAGGCUAAGGAAAAUGAUGAAAAAAUGGAAUUUUAAAGACUGCAGAGUUAUUUCUGGAUGUAAUAAUAAAUAUUUUACUAAUAAAAUAGAUUGUAUUACUUAUA